AUGAGUUUAACACGAAAUGGGUCUAAAAUGUCAAGACAUGGAAGAUUUACAAAUUCUCAAAUUUUAGAUUUGAAGAAGACAAAAAUAUUUCCUCAAUCCAGUAAACAUUCCGAUUCGCCAACUGGAAUAUUUUUGAGUUAAUCCAAAGCCCCAGAUUAUGGAUAAGCGCAUUUGUUAAAUAAUGAGGCUCUCAAAAACAAGAUCAAAGAAAAGAGAAUCCCAAAAUCUAUUGAUACGGAAGUGUUAUUGAAUAAAUUGGUUACAAGAGUAGAAUCUAAAAUUGGUUAAUCUCCCUUUAAAAAGAAGAUGAUGGCAAUCAAUCCAACGAUUGAAAUUCCUUCUCAACUAAAGCCAUAUUCCCUUACUCCAUAGUCUCGAACUUCAACCUUCUAAAUCUAAAGUCCUACUUCGAAGCCCCGAUCAUCAAGCCAAAACAAAAGAAUAGAAAUUUAUUAUUUAAGUAAGUUGUAAAAAGCAUUUGACAACAACGGAUCAGAUUAUUUUUCUCGAAUUUAUCGAGAACAUUUCCACCAAACCUAUUAAGGAUUAAAUAAUAGAUUUUUUCCCCAAAAUAACAAUGAUUACAAUAGAUCAAAUAAGCUGACUAAAAAGUGUUAAUGUAAAUUUAAGUUUAAUAUUAUAGAGCAAAUAACACUAUUCUUUGAUUUGGAUGAAACUUUAGUACAUUGCAAUGAGAAUCCGUCCAUACCUUGCGAUGUGAUCUUGGAUAUAAACGUCUCAAAGAAUCAGGUCGUAAAAGCUGGAAUAAAUAUUCGUCCUUAUGCCAAGGAAUUGCUGAGGAACUUAUCGAAAAGUUUUGAAAUUAUAAUUUUCACAGCAUCCCAUAAUUGCUAUGCAGAGAAAGUCUGUAAUUUUUUGGAUCCGGAGUAGAAUAUCAUAAGUCAUCGUUUGUAUCGUGAGAGUUGUACUUUGACAAACAACUCGUUGUAUACAAAGGACUUGAAGAUUUUCUGUGACAACACCAAUAGACCCCUGAGUUAAGUAGCUUUGAUUGACAAUGCUUCGUACUCUUAUGCCUGGUAGGUGGAUAAUGGUAUUCCAAUCAUUCCAUUUUACGACAACAAGGAGGAUAAAGAAUUGUUGGACUUGGAGAAGUAUCUUAAGAAUAUGAUUGGGACGAUUGAUGUUAGAGAGUACAAUAAAAGUCAUUUAAAAUUGAACUAGUUCAUAGACUAGAGGGGACCUUAUAGGGUAUUAGAAAGUUUGUUCGGGAAGCAGCAAUAGCCCUAAUGA